AUGGUGUCUCUUCCAGCAGCUGAAGCUGCUGGUGAAGCCCAACUUCCAGGUCCACCGGUCCUGGACCGUGUGGCCCGACGCCCUUCAACCCUGCAGAUGGUCAAAGAGGCACUGCAGGCCCAGGAUGAGAAGAAGGGUGCUUCUGUCUUCACUAUCAAGCAAUUCAUCCUGGCCAAGUACCCCACCGAGGAUCCUGUCCGGCUCAAGUACCUGCUGAAGCAGGCACUGAGCAAGGGGCUGAGCCGUGGGGAGCUGGUGCGGCCCCGCAACUCCUCUGCUGUGGGGGCCACCGGCACCUUCAUGUUAGCACCCAAGGACCUGCAGCACAAGCAGCAUCCAGGCCAGGCAAUUCUUGAGAGAGGACGGGCCCUGAAGCCAGGACAGAAAGGAGGGACCACCAAGGACCCCUGUGCCCCUGUGGCUGGUGCACAACAACGAGGUAAAGGGCUUCUAGGGCAUGAGUCACCCUGUGCUGCCUGGCCCCACCAGGACUCAUCCACCACCCUGUCUGCAGGUACCGCAAAGCAGCAGCUGACAGCCACGAAGCAGAAGCCAAAAGCAAAGCCCACGAAUGCCCAGCCACAAGCUGCAGUGAAGCCCGGGAGCGAUGGAGCAAAGCCUCGGCGAGCUGACCACCAUCCCCAGGCCCCCGGCACGGGGUCUUCAGGGCCCUUGAGAGCUGCCACCUGCUCCCGGGCCCCUGGCACAGGGUGUUUAAGGCCCCCACGAGCUGCUGACCACCCCCAGGCACUUGGCAAAGGACGCUCAAGGCCCGGUGGGGCUGUGGCUGCUGAGGAUGCAGGAAGGAGCAAAAGCAACAGCUGUGCAGGGGUAAAGGGGCCCCAAAAAGUCCCUGGGGGAAAGAGCAAGGGGAAGGUUCCCAAGGGAGCACAGCAGGAGGCCCCCAAGGCACAGAAGGGUCAAAGCCAGGCGAAGAAGCCCCGGGUGACCCCAGGAGCUACGCAGGGGGAAGCCAGGCUGCAGAAGGCAGCCCCCUCUGGAGAGGGCAGAACGGCUCUGUAGGGGGGCUCGGACAGUCCCACUUAGCCCUGCUUCACUGGCCCCAGGUCCUUGGGGUCUGGGCUGUUUUUAGUCCCUAGGACAGAUUUUAACUCUGUUUACCUUUUUCUAAUAAAGCUUAUUUACUCACCUCA